AUGAAACAUUUCAUCGAAGUUUACAAUUCCUCAACACAUUCUACAACAGGGCAUACACCAAAUUCAAUGACACAACAACAAGAAGAAAAGUAUAUACAAAAGAAACGAAGCCAAACACAAAAUAUCAGAAAUUCAACACAAUUUACCCUCAUUCCUGGUACAAAAGUUCGUGUAGUUCUUGACGACAAACCGUUGACAAAGAAACGUUUAAGGUUAAGUAGAAACUAUUAUAUAGUAGAUUCAACGCAAGGUAAUGGAUAUCUUAUAAAAGCUGCCGACGACUCUAUUGCGUUUUAUCCUCGUCAUAAGUUAGUUGAAAGUAGUAAUGGCAAACUUGCUGAAACCAUUGACGAAGCAAAGCGAGGAGUGGUUAUUGAAAUACUUGGCUACAACAUAAACGAUGACACUUAUAAAGUAAGAUAUGAAGGAGGCGUUGAAGAUGUUAUACCAUCUAAGAACUUGAGAGAGUCAAAGUCAACACAUCUGGGACCAUUAGAGCGGGAGUACUGGAAAGACAAAAAUAAGCCAGAAAGAAUAAGAAAAUUCUUCUAA